AUGGGGUGGAAUGGCUUCGUCGAAUUAUUGCCAUUAUGGUUGGCACCAAAUAUGGUUACAUUAUUGGGAUUCUUUUUCAUCCUGAGUAAUGUUAUCUGUUUGGAGAUUUUCAUGCCGGAUUUGGUGGGACCUGGACCAUCAUGGUUAUAUUACAGUUUCGCAUUCGGAUUAUGGAUGUAUUCAACAAUGGAUAAUGUAGAUGGAAAACAAGCUCGAAGAACCGGAACAUCUAGCGGUCUCGGUGAAUUAUUCGACCACGGAAUCGAUUCUCUGAAUUGUACACUUGCAUCUCUAUGCGAAACAGCUGCUAUGGGUCUAGGUACAUCGAGAGCUGGAAUCUUUACCGCAUUGAUUCCUUGUUUACCUAUGUUCUUUUCAACCUGGGAAACGUACCAUACACACACAUUAUACUUGGGAAUUUUCAAUGGGCCAACUGAGGGAUUAAUCUUGGCUUGCACGAUUAUGAUCUUGAGUGGUUAUUAUGGACCAGAGAUUUGGACACAUCGAAUUACGGAUUUAGUCGGUCACCAUUAUUUCCUCGGAUAUCAUGAAUUUUUCGGUUCAUACUCCGUCAGAGAUUUAUGGGUCCCAAUCCUCGUUGUCUCAUUAUUCGGUAUUCAUGUUCCUUUCUGCGUUAUCAACGUCAUCAAAGCCAGAAGAAGAGACAACUUGCCUGUUUUACCGGUUUUCCUCGAAUGGACACCCAUGGCCGUUUUUACUUUCAGUAUUGGAGCUUGGCUUUUCUCUCCAUAUUCAACCCUCAUGGAAGAAAAUCGUUUGGUACUUUUCUGUCUUACAAUGAGUUUUGUCUUUGGAAGGAUGACGACAAAGAUCAUUCUAGCACAUCUCACAAGACAACCAUUUCCUUACUGGACAGUUAUGCUUACACCACUUGUUGGUGGUGCUAUUCUUGGUAAUCUACCUCGAUUUGGUUUACCGGCUGUCAGCGUAGGAGUGGAAUUAUGGUAUUUAAGAGCAUACUUUAUUUUUGCUCUAGUGGUUUACUUUAGAUGGGCUUGGUUGGUUGUUACGAGUAUUUGUGAUUACUUGGGAAUCAACUGUUUGACGAUUCCUGAACAGAAGUUGGAGGAGAUUUAUAGAAAUCAAGAAAUGGAGAAGAGAUUAGAGAAGAGAGGAUUGGAGGUCAAUGGAAAGAGAACCCCAAGUGGAAGUGGAGCGAAGAGUCCAAUUGGAGUACCAAAUGGAAAGAGAGCUGAUUAG